GGUUCCAAAAUGAGUUCCGGUACGAAAAGGAAUGAUGAUUCGGCAGAGGCAGUUAAGAAAAUAAUUUCUGGCAAUGCUGAUGAUGGAGAUCCAAAAAAGUAAAAAAGAUCCAAUGCCUUUAAUGAUAACUGAAAAAGAUGCGUUAUUUAAGCAUUCGUUCGGUUCAAACAAUGAUAAAAAUAUAUAUGACGAGGGGAAGCCAAAAUCGAUUUUUCUUGAAGUAACCCAUGGAAAAGUGAACAACACGGACGUUUUCGAAAAGGACAGCAUGAAAGAAAACGAAGCUUUUCAUGGGUAUGACUCUCUUAAAAAGAACGAAUCUAAGCAAAAAUCGUCAGAAGAAAACACUGUGUAUGAGACAAAAAGUCAAGAAAGAAUCGCUGUAAUAUUUAGAGGUGAUGAUAAUGCUGACAAACAUUCACAUAUAUCCGACAAAUCUCUCGAGUUGGAUCACCUGAACGACAUUUCUGCGGUCGACAAAGUGAAACCUGGAAUUUUCAGAACCUUUUUCGGAAAAGUCAACGAGAAACUCCAGAAAACGUCGCCGCAGUUGGAUUGCAUUGAAACGAAACAGCCCAACAUCUUCAACGAUGGUAAACUCGAAUUAAAGAAAAGCGCAACAGAAGAAAAAGUCACAACAGGAGCCGGCGUGACGUCACGCCCCCGGCAGCGCGUGUCGCUGGUGAACUUCUCGUGCCUCACCAAGGACAGGAUCUUCGUGGGGGCCUCGGACCUCACGAAGGGGGCGCGGGGGGCGAUGCGGGAGUUCUGUCGUAAGACGACCGCACAGGGCUUUAGCCACAUCGUCGAGCCACGAUCCACGUGGCUCGUGCGGACCUUCUGGGGCAUCGCCACAUUCGCGUGGUGGGUGUUAUUAUACAAUACAAUAACUGCCCUCCGAAAAGGCGUUGGGAUCAGAGUCCGCGGUUCAGCGCCCUCCGAACAGGCGUUGGGAUCAGAGUCCGCGGUUCAGCGCCCUCCGAACAGGCGUUGGGAUCAGCGUCCGCGGUUCAGCGCCCUCCGAACAGGCGUUGGGAUCAGCGUCCGCGGUUCAGCGCCCUCCGAACAGGCGUUGGGAUCAGCGUCCGCGGUUCAGCGCCCUCCGAACAGGCGUUGGGAUCAGCGUCCGCGGUUCUGCGCCGUAAUCAAUUGGUCUGCAUAUUCCUGUAUGUUUAGCGCCCCAUUUAAUUAG